CCAGAGAAAAAAAAUAGUUCCAAUUCCCCCAUCGGCCAUCUUCUUUUUUUCUAACUGACUUUCUUCACAUACUCAUUUUCCUUCCUAUCGUACCUCUCAAGCUCACGAAUUUGGGCGCUAUGGGGACUGGUAAGAAGGAAAGAAACCGGCUGGUCCGGCAGGGCAAGUCGGGUUCGGGCAUGGACAACAUUAAAGUCAAGGGCGAGAACUUUUAUCGUUCUGCGAAGAGAGUCAAGGCUUUGAACAUACGGAAGGAUGAAGGAAAGCCUGUGCGAAAUGCCGACGGUAGGAUCAUUCAAGCUGCCAAAUAUCAGUCCUGGGAUAAACCGAUCGCUCGCGUCGAGCCCAAUAGGAAAUGGUUUACCAACACUCGAGUUAUCUCGCAAGAUUCCCUCACUGCAUUCCGCGAUGCUAUGGCCGAGAAAGCAAAAGACCCUUACCAAGUCCUGCUGAAGACGAACAAGCUUCCCAUGAGUCUUAUCAGAGAUAACUCGGAUACGAAGAAUGGCUUGAAGCAGCAUAAGGCCAAGAUGACUAUCGAGAGCUCGCCGUUUGCUGACGCCUUCGGUCCGAAAUCUCAGCGCAAAAGGGUCAAGCUGGGUGUAUCUAGCUUAGAAGAUUUGGCUGAUGACACUGAGAAAAGCAUGGACGUUUAUAAGGACCAUCUCGAGCAAUUAAAGCUAUUGAGUGGAAAUUCGGGGGUGGAUCUUGAAGGACCUAGCGAGGGCCAACCCGAUAACGAGGGCACCCUCGCUUUGGCUGUCGAACCGAUUUUCAGCAAGGGGACUAGUAAGCGCAUAUGGAAUGAGUUAUACAAAGUUCUUGAUGCUUCGGACGUUAUUAUUCACGUACUAGAUGCUCGCGAUCCUCUAGGCACUCGAUGUCGUAGUGUCGAGAAAUACCUAAGAGAAGAGGCGCCGCACAAGCAUCUCAUCUUCGUUUUGAACAAGACCGACUUGAUACCUACGAGCGUGGCUGCCGCCUGGGUUCGAAACCUCUCCACCGAGUAUCCUACCCUUGCUUUCCACUCAAGCGUGACCAACCCAUUUGGCAAAGGUUCCCUUAUCCAGCUUCUUCGACAAUUCUCGCAAUUGCACAAAGAUCGAAAGCAGGUAUCAGUCGGGUUAAUAGGAUAUCCCAACGUGGGAAAGUCUUCUAUCAUCAAUACCCUACGCGGAAAGAAGGUCGCCACUGUAGCUCCUAUCCCUGGCGAGACUAAAGUAUGGCAAUAUGUUACUCUGAUGAAACGGAUAUAUCUUAUAGAUUGUCCCGGUGUGGUUCCUCCCAAUCAGAACGAUACACCUCAGGACAUUCUACUUCGCGGCGUGGUUCGUGUUGAGAUGGUAGAGCAACCCGAACAGUACAUUCCUGCACUGAUGGCAAAAGUAAAGCAGCAUCAUAUGGAACGAACAUACGAAAUUAAGGGGUGGAAUGACCAUAUUCACUUUUUGGAACUUCUCGCCCGAAAGGGCGGCCGCCUAUUGAAGGCUGGGGAGCCGGAUGUCGAUGGAGUUGCUAAAAUGGUAAUAACGGACUUCAUGAGGGGCAAGAUUCCAUGGUUCACCCCUGCGCCUGUUGUGGAAGGGGACGACGGGAAAGGCAUUGAAGGACGCCGGGGUAGGCUCGGAGAGAUGCCGAAGAAGCGGAAGAGGGAGGACUUGGAGAGUAUCCCGGAUACAACUGUGGCUGCAUCGGCUACGUCCGUUGGGGAAAAAGCAAGUGCGAGCGAGGACGAAGAAGAGUUCGAAGGUUUCAGCAGCGACGAUGACGAAUCAUCGGAUGAUGAAGCUGCAGCUGGCCGUGAAGAAGAAGAAGAUGAUAUGAUACCCCUGGACGAGCUGAGCGAUAUUGACGAUAGCGACGGCAGCGAAGACGAAGAAUAAAUACUCGUUUCUACUCCUUAGAAACAAUCAAUAUGGCCUACCCAUUUCGUCAGGUCAAGCCAUAGCUAGCCUGUCCACGCUUAAUGUUGUCAAAAAGGGAGUGGAUUCGUCGGCAUGCAGGCGAAGCGCAUAUAUGCGUGACGUCCGGCUGGAACCUGUUUCGUCGGGUGACGCAGCAGACGGAAAGGAUCUCUAUGCUCACCUAGUAACCCGCCUUACAUGGGCUACUUGAGGUUACAUAGAAAUCGGGCUAGUUUUACUAUCUAGAUUCCGUCAGACAUGGAUUUGAGAGAUCCCAAAUCUUGUCUACCGUGAGAGCUCACCAACUUCUGUCCAAAUAGAACAUGAAGUAAAUGCAUAGGUAGCUACCUUGUUAAGGGGUGGAAAACUAAGGCAUUGGGCCGGUAGGAUAAUAGGGUCUAUGAUGGCUGGGUGGAUUUGCAUCAGAAUAUGAUGUCUCCCUUGUAGCCUCAUAAAUACAGGUUAAUUCCUCACGCUUGAACUCUAUCUUUGUCGCCACUAAACGUGAU